AUGCUGUCGUUUCCCAGCACGAGCGUCUACCAGAGCUCGAAAUGCUUCUUCUCUUACGGCAGAUUACCUCACAUCGACCCCAAGCAACCCCCAUCCAAGGGCCGGCCAUGGACAACGCUUCAGUCUCUUGACUUUGUUCAUAAGGCAAGUCUUUGGGUUGAUCUCAUCGUACCGCACGAAUGCUUACCAGCAGUCCAGGAUAAGGUCGGCGCGGUCAAGCAAGCGCCCGAGUUCAAGCGGGUCAUCAUGACGCUUGCACAGCUCCUUGAGCCCGAGUUCUUCAAGGAAUACAUCAAGAUUGGGGAUAUCCUCAUGCUCUCCGAGGGCCGAAUCGGAGAAGACAAUGUCUUCACCCUAAGGGACGGCAAAUUGAGAUUGUUCCUUGACCGCGAGACUUAUGAGCGAGCAGGACUCGUGGGUCAGCCUCAUGGAGCCAAGGGCAAGCGGAGUCUCAAACCACGAUGGGUCGUCGAGUUCGAUCUCAAAGCGGAUUCCAUGUGGCACGGCAAGAAGGGCUUCGAGAGGCUGGUCUACGCCAGCAAGAACGUGCUCAACGCUCCUGUUACGUGGCUAUUCUGCAACCUAGCAAAGACACCCGACCCCGAUCCUCUUGAGGCGCACUUCCCCACCAAGUACACUUCGAAACCGGGAGUCCAGCAGAGCGUCGACGUCGCUCUCCCUCCAUUUGAUCCUCAUGACGGCAUUCUCAACCAGUCACGGGAGGAUACCGAGAUCUUCUGCACCGAGCUCUACGAGUGGCUAUCCCUGGUGCGCCUGCAGAGCCCGCGCGUGGAGACGGGUGACAGCAUCGAUCCCUAUUUGAGUUGCUACCGGGUCCCCGGCGAGGGUGAAGGAGCUCAUCCCCACGCCAAAGUGUGCGUGGUAUCUUGGACAGGCUUCUUUUCCAGCAAGCUUGCCCGCGAGAUCCUCAUCGACGCCAUGGUGGCCGUACCCUCGAAAUCCUGGUUGUCGGUAUCCUUCUCCACCUUCCCUAGCUCCAAGGGUCUGUCCGGAGACUGUGCUGAAUGCACCUUCUUCAGGCCGCCAAAGUCGGACGGCGAGUACAUGCUCUGGGAGGUGAAGAGCCACGAGUGA